AUGACCUCUACAGCUUGCUUAGCUCUGAUUGCUUUCUGGCUCUACUUGUCAGAUGCUGACUGUCCUCCAGGGUGUCUGUGUACCUCGGACAUUGUAAACUGUGGUUCUGUGGGUAUGGAGAAAUUUCCCUCUGUAUUACCCUCCACCACGUGCACCUUAGACCUCAGCCAUAAUCGGCUCACAUGGUUGGCACCAGGCACCAUCCAUGGACUGGCCAGGCUGAAUGUUCUGUGCAUUUCUCAUAACCAAAUUUCUUUGCUCAGCCCUGCAGCCUUCCACAAUGGCAGCAAUCUACACCAUCUUGACCUUUCUUCCAACAGACUGCAGACGGUGGGGAGAUACCCUUUCCAAGACAUGCUGGGGUUGGAAGAACUGCUGCUCUACAACAACCGCAUCACCCAAGUAGAGAGCAGUGCUCUUAUGGGACUGAACAACCUCAGGAAGGUUUACCUGAGCCUAAACCAGAUUACAGAAUUCCCAUUUUUCUCUAUCCGCAAGCACAGCCAUCCUAAGCUGGUCACUCUGGACCUCUCCUCUAACCGCAUAUCACGACUGCCUCUGGAUGAUAUUGUUCUGUUGCCUGUGACUGUACAGAGAGGCUUGUUCAUCCAUAAUAACAGUUUUGUUUGUGACUGUUCCACAUAUCGCAUGUUUUGGCACUGGGCAAAGGAGGGUUAUGAAGCUGUCAGAGAGUUCAAGGAUGAAUAUUCAUGCCAUAUUUUUGGAGAACCACUCAUCUCUAUCAAUUUCCUCCACAGACCUCACUUCUUUGAUAACUGUACCAUUGAGAAAAUGAUUUCUUUGAUCUCACCCAAAGCUGACAUAAGAGUCUAUGAGGGGGAUCAGGUCAGAGUAGAUUGUACUGGUACACUUAGCAAUGUGGUUCUCUCUUACUCUUGGGAUAUUCCUCACAAAGACAACAUGACUGAUUUGAUUCAAAAUGGUACCCUGCGGCUGAACAAAGACGGCAGUCUGGAGAUCCUAUCUGUCCAGCCAAGGGACUCUGGAAUCUACCGCUGCCUAGCUGUGGACAUGGUCAGGAUGAUUAACGAAACCCGUGAGGUGAACCUAACUGUAGAUACUUGGCAUUUGAGUACAGAGCCUUUCCGUACAGGACACACCACCCUGCUGAGCUGUGCCAUCACCCUCUUUAUCAUACUCGUGUAUCUAUUUUUAACCCCUUGUCACUGUGGCUGCUACAGAGCGCCAGCAACCUCACCAGCAAUCUCUAGCUUUGGGGAGGACCACAAGUCUCUGGCAUUCAUCUCUGAGGUUUCACCAGGUUCAAGCCUGAAGCUCAUGGACAAGUGCAACACUGACAAACAUAUGGUAUUUCUUGAGCUGCCCAUGGAAGAAACUAAUGGCAAUCAGAGCAGAAUUUAA